CUCUCCGUUGUUCACAGCCCGCCCUGCCAGCGCGCCAUGCAGAAUAAUAAUCCCCGACCACCGAAUCAACCGACGUCCGUUAAGAUAUAUAAUGCGGUGUAUUCAUCGGUCCAGGUCUAUGAGUGCAUGGUGCGCGGUAUUGCCGUAAUGCGUCGUCGUGCAGACUCCUAUGUGAAUGCAACUCAAAUACUCAAAGUCGCUGGAGUAGACAAAGGCCGUCGCACGAAAAUCUUAGAAAAGGAGGUCCUGCCGGGCAAGCAUGAGAUUGUGCAGGGAGGUUACGGAAAAUAUCAAGGAACUUGGAUUCCUCUUGAGCGCGGUCGAGAGCUCGCGUUGCAGUACGGAAUCGCGCCGCUCUUAUCGCCGCUCUUUGAUUUCACGCCAACCCAGCAGGGCAUGGGAGGCCUUCCAACAUCAUUACCUGGUCUCCCUGGACUAACCGGUGGACGUCCGUUAUCCGCUUCUUCCUCGUAUCCAAAUCUCAGUACGUCCAACUCGCAUGCCUUCUCAAAAUCUCCUAGUCAAAUUGGUCCAGCUCCCAUUAUGCCGGGUUCCGCCUUACGGCUUCUGAACCAAGGUCGUGCCCAGGGCUUGUUCACUCCCUCCACCUCAUCCUUACUGGCUCGGUCAGGUCUUACGGGUAACUCGAAUAACAGCUAUUUACCAGGUCUCAUACCGGGGUAUCCGCCCUCUCAACCUAUGUCGGCCAACAAUACGCCAAAACCUGAUACAUCACUGAAGCGAACUCGGACCGACAGCGAUAUUGAUAUUUAUGCGUCCGGGGACGCACAGGCUAGGGACAAAGCAACAUCCUCUGACUCGCAGAUACAAGUGCUCGAUUUUACCUUGGAAGACAUACCUCGACCUUCGACUUCUGCGCCUCCCGACGUAAGAACCAAUGGAAACGACGAUCCAUCUCCCUCAAAACGAGCUCGAACAGAUCCGCCGCCGCCAAGUACACAACUGGAACUCAAUUCGCAAAUACAGGCCGCAAUUCAGUCUAUGAGCCAGUCGAGAGCCUUUUCAUCGACCCCUCAGCCACAUACGAAUGGCCUUUUGCGCGCCGAUAGUAGUCCCUCGGUUAUGUCUGUAUCUCGGGCAAUCAAUGGAGCCACCGCAAGCAACACCAUUCGUCUCUCUACAAGGCCCCCUUAUCCCCGAAAUGUAGACAAGACAGAACCAUUGAAAAACCCAAGGCGGAGCGCAAUCAUGACCGCAAUCUGCCAAGGAGAUAAUUCGAGUAAUGUAUUGGAUCUGAUUAAAGACGCUUCAGCUGGUCCGCAAGAACAAGUGGUUGGGCAAGCAAUCGAUGUAGAUUUAAUCAUUGACGAUUUAGGCCAUACCCCACUUCACCUUGCUGCUUCUCUCGCUCAUCUUGAAACAGUUCGAUCUUUAGUAACGAAUGGAGCGGACAUUCAUCGCGGUAACUACCAAGGCGAAACUCCUCUUAUGCGGGCUGUUUUAUCAACCCAUAAUUACGACACUCAAACUUUCCCUAGCCUCCUCGAAAUUCUGCAUCCUUCAAUACGGACUAUUGAUACCGCAAAGCGCACUGUCCUUCAUCAUGCCGUCUUGACAGCAGGAGUUAAAGGACGGGCUCCACUUGCACGAUAUUACCUUGAAGGAACUCUGAGUUGGAUCGCAGAGCAUGAGAAUGCGGACUUCCGAAGUGUCGUUGAUCUUCAAGACGAACAUGGCGAUACGGCAUUGAAUAUUGCUGCUCGUGUAGGUAACAAAGGACUUGUGCGAACUCUCUUGGAUGUUGGUGCAAAUCGAUUAUUGCCUAACAAACUUGGUUUGCGACCCGGUGAUUUCGGUGUGGAACCCGAACUGUCAUCCGGUCCCAAAGCCGAGGAUUUAAUAUCCGCUUUACGAACAAGCCCUUCAGCGCCUGUGCAGAAAAGCCAAGAUGUCAUUGCUGAUCUUACGGCUAUGAUCCAAAGCCUGAGUACAGAGUUCUCGGCCGAGAUCAAAUCAAAACAAGAUGCUUUCGACGUUACAAAUGCUCAUGUUCGCGCCGCCACUCGAGAACUCGCUGAACAACGAAAACAAAUUGAUUUCUGGAACCAAAGACGAGCCGAACUCGAUCAGGUGAUGCAGCGUGUACGAAAUAUAGAAAAGGCUUUGAAAGUCGAAGAUAACGUGGAUUGGACUGGGCGAACGGAGGCUGAUGGAUCGCCGACUGUCCCUGGAACACAUCCUGCAUUUGUCUUUAGAGGACCUCAGUCGAUCAUGACGCACAUCGGUGCCGUCGACUUACCGCCUGGUGCAGAAGUGGACCCGCUUUUACCUGCGUCGGAUUCUCUAACAAGCCUUAUCAAAUUACGGCGGAUGAAGAUGUACCAGGAUCGGAUAGGUAAACUCAUGAAGGAUCGGUUACAGAGUAUGCAGGGUGCUAGUGCUGAGAAGGAAUACCAGAGCAAGAGGAUAGUUGCCUUAUGUACAGGGAUUCCAAUCGACAAAGUUGAAGAUAUGCUUGACGACUUGCUUCUUGCGGUUGAGAGUGAAUCACAAAUAAUUGAUAUUGGACGCGUUUCUGGCUUCAUGCAGAAGGUGAAUGAGACACGAUAGUCGACUUCCCCUGAUUGUUGUGCAGUUUUGACGGAUAUGCCUCUGUAUUCAUUAACCUCUCUGCUUUGCUCUUCCCUUGCUUUCCCAUAUCUGGCGUCCUAUUUCAUUCAGUGUCGACCAUUAGUGCACUCAAGAACUCUCUGU